CUAAGCAAAUUCUCAAUAUUGUUGCUAUGCUUUGUGAUUGACUUGAAAUGAAUUCCUAUUACUUUUAUUCACAAUAAAUUUUUAAACUCGAUUAUUAUCGAAAAGCUAAAUAAAACGCAUAAUGUCGACGCUUAGUUCAUGUCGUUUAUGUUUAGCCGAGAACAAUGGCAAUCACUUGGAUAUAUUUGGUGUCACUGGAAUUGAGAAAAACAUAAGCGAAAUAAUUGCCGAACAUUUCAAGUGCGAGAUUCGUUCCAGUGAUUCAUUGCCGAAUUUCGUGUGCGAAAUGUGUUGGCGGAUAACGGAAGCGUUUCAUGAAUUAUAUCAAAAGUCAAAAGUUGUGCAUGAAAAGUUAUUAACGAAUCCACCGAUUAAAAUUGAAGCAGAUUUCGUCGAACUAUGGGCAAGCACCAAGGUAAUUCAGUAUAUGGAAGAGCCAAACAUAGACAUUGAGCCAAUUAAAGUCGAACCGAAUUCAGAAUUAGAACACGAUAUACAUGAUUUGACAACGAAUGCGAACGAUGAAUCGGAUUCGAAUGCCAAUGAUCCAGUUAUGGAUUUUGAUGAAAAUACCGAUUCGGAUGAGAAUAGCAGCGAUGAGAGUAGCAGCGAAGAUGACAAUGUUGAACCCAGUUUUGAAGACAUAAAAGAACCAACGAAGGAAAAAUCACGGAAACGACAAAAAACAGUUAAACCCAAAGAUAAGCCAACACGAAAAAAGGAGAAAACAAAAGUAGUCAAAGGAAAAUUUGAAAAACUGUUUGCCGAAAAUAAGCAUUUGUUCGAUAUGUCAUGUGAUUUAUGUCCAACUAUAUUCAAAACAUUGUACGAGGCUAAAAAUCAUUACGUUAAGGUGCAUAAAAGACAAUACGGCUACAUAAAAUGUUGUAAUCAACGACUUGUGUAUCCAUCAACGGUGUUGAAACAUUUUCAACGUCAUUUGGACCCGAACAAAUACAAAUGUUCACAAUGCGAUAAAGUACUUUUGUGCGAUCGUCAACUGGCUAAACAUAUUGCCAGACACAAGGAAGCAGUGAGCCCCAGAGAAAAAACUUUAUCAUGUAAUAUUUGUUUGAAAUCGUUUACAACACCAACUGGGCUGGCAAAUCAUAUGAAAAAACACAAAGAACGACCUGAAAUGGAUGUAAAUCAUGCGAAAUUUAUUGACGAAAAUUUUGACAUGAAAUGUGAUCAUUGUGAUACAAUAUUCACUGGAUUCCAUGAUGCCCGUCGUCAUUAUAAAAUGUUUCAUAACGAGGAAAAAGGCUACCUCAAGUGCUGUAAUGUGAAAUUAAGAGAAUUGUGGAUUGUAUCUGAUCAUAUCAAAUCACACUUGGAUCCAACAUCUUUUAGUUGUGAUCAAUGUGACAAAACGUUCACGACACGUGUGAUAUUGGUGCAACAUAAGCGUCGCCAUAGAUUGACUUUGAACAAGAAUUUUGUAUGCGAUUAUUGCGGAAAAUGUGUACGAGAUAAAGAUGCCAUGUUACGUCACAUGUUUACGAACCAUGUUGACGUCGAACCAACACAUGAAUGCAAUAUUUGCCAUAAGAAAUUUCGAUUGCCUCAAUUGCUGAAAAAUCACUUUUAUUCGGUUCAUCGUGAGAAAAAAGUUAUUUUCGUGUGUGAUAUAUGUGGCAAGGCUUUUCACGUAAAAUUCCAUCUCGAUAAACAUAUGCUGAAUAAGCAUACAGAUAAAUCGGAACGAUUGAUUGAACGAAAACAGUGUGAAUAUUGUGGUGAAUGGCUUUUGACCAAAAGUGGCAUUUUCUAUCAUCAUCAAAAACACACGAGCGGCAUUCAAAAAUGUGAUCAAUGUCAAAUGGAAUUUUCCAAUCGAGUUGCAUUGCUCGGACACAUUCGACAAUAUCAUCGAGAACACAAAUUCAAGUGUGGAUACUGUAAUAAGACAUUCGCCAUCGGCUCAGCAUUGAAGAAACACGAAGAAAGUCAUACACGGCAUAAUACGUAUCCAUGUCGAUUUUGCUCCAAAGUAUUUUCCGUUAUUUCUUCCAGACAAACACACACAAAGCGAAAUCAUGCCGAAGAAUGGAAACAGAUUAAAGAAAUGGAAAAAAUUGAAAAAUUGGGCAUGGAUUCUCACAAAGAAAAAACUAUUAUCGCCUUACGAAUUGACGAGAAAAAAUUCAGAAUGUCAGACAGUUAUCCGUGUCGUUUGUGCUUUUCAACUGACACUGACCGUCACAUGAAUAUAUUCAGUGAUGUCGGCAUUCAGCUGAAAAUGAGCGAAAUUAUUGGCGAGCAUUUUAAAUGCGAAGUAAGCGAAGCAGAUUCUUUACCGAAUUUUGUAUGUAAUCUAUGCUGGCAGACAACGGAAUCCUUCCAUGAACUGUACCAAAAGUCAAAAGCCGUGCAGGAAAAAUUUCUUAAUCCAAUGAUUAAAGUUGAAGUUGACACGAUUGGGAUGUGGCAUGAAAAUUUGGGACGUGACUUUGAAGAUGAUCUUCCAAUUGAUGUUAAUGAAAUCAAAUCGGAAUCGAAUCUAGAAUAUGCCGACGUACUUGAUCCUCGAAACGAUUUUGAAGAAGUGCACGAAUUAAGUGAUCGAGACGUUGCGACGAAUGACACUAGAGAUGGUCAAUCGAAUUGUAUUGAAACAUCUUCAGACACGGAACAAGCAAAUAAACCAAUAAGUCGACGCAUGAGAGCAAAGAAUCGACGAAUUGAAUUCAAAAAUUUAUUCUAUGAACAUAAGCAUCGAUUUGAUAUGACAUGUGAUUUAUGCUCACAUGUUUUCGAUACAUUAAGCGAUGCCCGAAAUCAUUAUAAUUACGCACAUGGUAAUCCUAGAGGAUACAUCAAAUGCUGUAAUAAUAAACUAUGGUUCCGCUGUGAAGUUAUAAAACAUAUACAAAGGCAUCUCAAUCCAAAUAAGUACAAAUGUAACGAAUGUGGAAAAGUGUAUACCGCACCGCAUGGACUCAAAGGCCAUAUAAAAUCGCAUCAUACUCUACGAACCGAAAAAGAGUGGUUUAUUUGUGAUAUUUGUAAAAAGAAAUUCGCUUCGAAAGUUGGAAUAAAGCGACAUUUACAUUGGCAUACCGAAAGCAAGAAGAAAACUGAAGACGAUCAACAUAAAAAAUUUAUUGCCGAAAAUUUUGACAUGUCAUGCGAUCUUUGUGAAACGAUUUUCAUUACAUUUCACGAUGCACGCCGUCAUUAUAAAGAGUUUCACAACGAAAAAAAAGGAUACAUCAAAUGCUGUAAUAUUAAAUUAAGAGAGUUGUGGAUUGUAACGGAUCAUAUACUCUCCCACUUGAAUCCAUCUAAUUUCAAAUGUGAUUUUUGCAAUAAAUCUUUCUCGAGUGGUAUGCGAUUAAAACAACACAAAGGUAGACAUCGGCGAGUCAUUGAACGGCCAUUUACUUGCGAUAUUUGUGGCAAAACAUUCCGCGAUAAAGAGACGAUAACACGACACUUAUUCACAACACACACAAAUACGGAGCCCAAAUUUGAAUGUGAAAUUUGCCAUAAACGAUUUCAAUUGGCGGCAUUGCUAAAAAAUCACUUUUAUUCGGUGCACCGUGAGAAGAAAGCAAUAUCAACGUGUGAAAUUUGUGGAAAAUCAUUCAGUGUAAAGGCAAAUUUUGAUAAGCACAUGCUAUCUCAUAGCGACAAAACAGAACGAUUGGCACAACGAAAACAAUGUGAACACUGUGGUGAAUGGCUGAUGACAAAAAGUGGCAUUUAUUAUCAUGAACAAAUUCAUACGAGUGGCAUCCAAAAAUGUGAACAAUGUCACAUGGAACUUCCCAAUAAAAUUGCCCUUUUAUCGCACAUUCGAAAAUAUCAUCGUGAACGAAAUCAUAAAUGCAGCUAUUGUGAUAAAUCAUUUCCAGUCGGCUCCGAAUUGAAAAAACAUGAAGAAGGACACACCAGACAUAAUGUAUAUCCUUGUCAAUUUUGUACGAAAAUAUUUACACUACGAACAUCUCGACUUACACAUCAAAAGCGAUCUCAUCGCGAAGAGUUAAAACAAUUAAGAGAAAUGAGAAAAUUAAUGAAAAAUUCUGCAGCGAGCAUGGACUUAGCGAAAGAAAAAGUUUAAAAAAAGGGAAAUUAUUGGUUUAGAAUCUUUAUUUCAAUUUUUGUAAGGGAAAAAAUCCAAUGUUGGACAUUUUGUGGUAUCAUAGAAGAAGAAAUAAAUAAAUAAAUAUGUAAAAAAGAAAUCAAAA